AUGGUGGUGAUUCCAGUUACUAUUAAAGGAGCUAACUAUCUACAUUGGACAAGGCUUGCUAAGACAGCUCUUGGAGGCAGAAGGCUUUGGGAGAUUGUUGAAGAAGGCAGACCACAAAAGAAGAUUAUCCUAGGAGAGGAUGGCAAAGAGGUUGUUCUUGCUGAUGUUGGCGCCAAGAAGAAAUGUCAAGAGGACCAGUUGGUGUUGUCCAUUCUUCAGCACAGUCUUGACCCCUCACUUCAGGAAGGUUACCCCUAUUGUGAAACUUCCAAGGAGCUAUGGGAUACACUUCAGAAGGUGUAUGGAAACAAUUCCAACAUCAGUAGAGUCUUUGAAGUCAAGAGAGUUAUCAAUACUCUUAGUCAAGAGGACAAUAAUUUUGAUAAACAUUUUGAGAAGUUCAGAUCCUUGUGGGCUGAACUUGAGAUACUCAGGCCAACAACUAUUGAUCCUGAUGUGCUUAAUCAAAGGAGAGAGAAAGACAAGGUAUUUGCUUUGCUGCUUACCCUACAUCCAAGCUAUGGUGACCUCAUCAAGCACAUCCUAAGUAAUAAUGAGCUACCUUCUCAAGAUGAGGUAUGCUCUGAGAUUCACAAGGAGCAAGGCUCAGUUGGUCUCUUUGGAGGAGGAAAGAAAGAUCUGAAGAAAAACCAUGGAAAGGACAAGUGCUGCAUACACCACCCCCAUCUCAAGCCACAGAAGUUCAGGACAGGUUACAAUGAUGCCAAAACAAACUUCUCUGGUGAUAUUGAUGAGCCAUCUAUACAAGGCAGCAUGCGCCAGACCAAUGAAGCUUAUGAGAACAAAGGGGGAGCUUUCAGGAGUGGCUCAGCCUUAAGGAACACUCAAGAUGAGACCAUCAGGAGAUCUGAUAUUGAGGCUCUCAUCAAACUCCUUAAGGGUAACUCUGGAGAUGUUACAAUAGCUAAUGGUGAAAGAGUACCAAUUAAAGGAGUAGGUGAUCUUAGGUUGUUUAACAAAGAUUCUAAAGCUUUCUAUAUGCCUAGCUUCACCUCAAACUUGUUAUCAGUUAAAAGAGCUACUAAUGACUUGAAUUGCAGUGUUACUUUCACUUCUAAUGAUGUCUACUUUCAGGAUAUUGAAACUAGUAGGUUGCUUGGCAACGGUGUCACCAAGGGAGACUUGAUACCUACCAGGAUCCUUCAAGAUCAAUCUCCAUAUCAGGAGAACAAAGAGAUAAGCUGGCGCAUAGAAGCACCAGGGCAGUGUUUAUUGGCUAUUCUCCUCACCAAAAGGGCUACAAAUGCUUUGUUCCAGAGACUAGGAGAGUCUUGA